AUGAAGUUCGCCAAAUCCGCCAUCCUCGCCCUUUUCGCCAUGACCUUUGCUGCCAGCGGCGAAGUAUCACCUCAAAUCAGCAAGGCCUGCAUGGCCGUUGACGCAAUGGCUGUAGGUUUUGUUCUCCAAUUGACCCACCUGACAGCUCAGUAUGUUGCAAAAUUCGCUAGCAACUUGAGUCAGACCAUCAGCAACACCCUUGUUGAGGUUGAGAGUCUCGUUUCACAGGGCGGUGACAACUCCAAGGCUGUCACUGUUUUGAUUCCCUUUGUGAGUGCUGUGUCCAAGGGCUCUGGUAUGUUGGUUUCCUCUUUGGCAAACAACCCCGACCACCUCUUGUCUAGCGCUGAAGUCCAGGAUCUUGUUGGCAACUUGCAAAAGGUCAGCAACGUGGCCUUAGACAACCAUGUUGAUACUACUGAGCUUCAGGCUGUUAUUUCCCAGCUUCAUGCUGUGGGCGGCAAGUUGCAUGCCCGCUCUGACUUCAAUCCCAUCCUCGAUGGAAUCAAAGGCAGUGCUACUAACGCUGCUCAGACCGUUGAGACUCUCCUCAAGCAGCUUACUCGCAACGAUGGCCACCCCACUGCUGAUGUUAUUUCUGCUUUCAUCACUGGCCUUGACUCUCAGGCCGACAAUCUCCUCAAUGCUGUGUCAGUCGCUUUGGGUCCCCUCACCUUUGGUGUUUCCAACUUGGUCGGUGAUACCCUUUUGGGUCCCUUUUUCCAGUCUCUCACCAAUGGUGCUGAGGUCUUGAUUGCCAAUGUGGCUGGUGGUGCCGUUGAUCUUGUUACACAGCCCGCCCUUCAGUUGCUUGUUCACACCUUGAGCCGUGCCGUUUCCCUUGGUAAGAAAAAUAACGUCAAGAAUGCAGCUAACCUUGAGAAGGCUGUCAACCAGCUCUCCAAGAUUGCCCAGAACGCAAAGCCUGCCACUGCGUCUGCUAUCCAGGCUCAUAGCCAUGAUACCAAAAAGGGUAACUGA